UGAGACCCGGCCCUACCGUACGCCCCCGGGUUGGAGCUGCUUUCUCGGGCCUUCCCAUCUGCUGCUCACCCGGGGUUGAUAGGGAAAAGACCAGAAAAUGACUGCUGUCCCAUUGUGCGGGAAACUGAGACUCAGAAGUGAGACUCGACUAGGACCGCACAGCAAGGUCAGAGCUGACCAAGAAGCAUUCAGAAACCAAACCAUGGAUCCACCUGCCCGGAAAGAAAAAUCCAAAGUUAAAGAACCUGCCUUCAGAGUGGAGAAGGCUAAACAGAAAUCUGCCCAGCAGGAGCUGAAGCAAAGACAAAGAGCAGAGAUCUACGCUCUCAACAGAGUUAUGACGGAGCUGGAGCAGCAGCAGUUUGAUGAGUUCUGUAAGCAGAUGCAGCCGCCUGGGGAGUGAGCCAGCCACAUCCCAGUCAGGGGGACUGGCGCCUUUGUCUGUGAGCCCAUUCCCACAUUAGCUGAGCCGGCCCACGGGAGCCUCACGGAACUAAUCAGGACUUGUGGAGACCUCUGCACUGAACUCCCAUAGGUAACUUCCACCAUACUGGUUUCUACUCUCAGAACUGCCCCAGGGCUUGCUGGGUAGACUUUUCACCUAGGACAGUGGAUUUUUCAAAAAGACCUUUUUUCUAUUGUUUGCGAAAAAAUCAUUGUUUCUUGUAAAACUGUGUGUCUUCCCUAAAAAUAAUAAAAUACAAAAAUGUU